AUGCCCAGCCCAGUGCCGCGAGGCCGCCGGCCGCCCACUCCCCCCGGCGCUCGGGACCAGUCCCCACUCUCUGGCGAUCCCCCUGCGCCCCAGCGCCGCCCGGCCGGCCCAGGCACACCCCGCGGUCCCGGGCGCCUCGAGUCGUCCUUCUCCGUCGAGGCCAUCCUGGCCAGGCCCGCCCGCCGCGCGCCCACCGCCUCCCCGCCGGCCGUUCCGCCCUGCGCCGCCGCGACGCUCGGCACCGCUCCCUCCCGGGUUCCCGCGACGUGGCUGCCCACCUACCUGGGCGUGGGUCUCCACCAGCUGUGCCCCCAACUGCCGGGGCCGGGGCUCCGCGUGCCUCACUUCUGCUGCCUGCAGGGCCUGGGCGUCACAGGCUCUUUAGGCUUAGAGCUGACUCACUGCUCAGGCCUCUGGGGUACCCCAGACUGGGCUCCAACAGAGGAACUCCAGGACACUGAGAGACCCCAAAAGAGGGUUCGGACUAUGUUUAACUUGAAGCAGCUGGAAGAGUUGGAGAAUGUGUUUACAAAGCAGCACAAUCUUGUGGGGAAGAAGAGAGCUCAGCUGGCAGCCCAGCUCAACCUUACGGAGAACCAGGUGAGGGUCUGGUUCCAAAACCGCAGGGUCAAGUAUCAGAAGCAGCAAAGGCUGAAGCUGCCCGUUGUGCCUUCCAUGGCUGCCUCCCAAGACGAACCCUCCAGCAGCUCUGACAACAGCAACCAGAGAGAAGACCCUGAGUCAGGAAUGGACAGCUGAGGACUGGGACAGAAGCUCAACCUGGGCUGUCUGGGCUAGUUUUUCUUGGGGGCACUCACUGGAACUACUGAGCCUUUUUUCUUCAUCUGUACAAUGGGUACAUUGACAACUUCAUCCUCCCAGCACUGACAGGAUGUCUGUAAAGUUGUUACAGGGUGCCAGGCCCAAGCAAGUGUUGGGGGCAAUGUGUGGUGUUUACACCAGCACUGACCUCUCCACAGACUAAUCUUUUCCCGGUCUGGCUGUGGAGAAGGGACCUCCUUGAAUCAGUGUCUGGGCCUUAGAAGUCUCUUCCCCACCAGAGAUAGUGGAGUUGAGAGCAAAGAGUUUCCCAAAGUUUUCUUGUUUUUGUCUGAACUGUCACCAUUUUCAGGAGCUCAGCCCCAGCUCCCUGCUUAGGACCAGACAUGCUACCCUGACCACCAUCUUUUUCCCUCUAGCUACCCAUCUUGCCCCCUCUCCAUCAUUACAUAAAAUAGAGCAAUUUGGCUCUGCCUUUGCCAAGGCAGGCAUUUUGUCACAAACUCUGCUGUAUUUCCCUGAGAUGGUUAUAAUUUCUCCCCUUUCAAGACCCUAAC